GCGGUUUGCUUUUUUUUGCAAUAGCGCUAACGACAAAAUAUAAACAAAUACAAAUUGCAAAACAUGAGCACAUUUGAAGUCGACGGUUGGGACGUGGAUGAAACAGUGGCGCUGAUUUCCAUACUAAAGUCAUUGAAGGACAGGAAUGAAAGCCGAACAAUCGGCAAAGUGGAUUGGCAACAUGUGGCAGCCGAAAUGUCCGAGAGUCUGAGGGACGACGUUAAUAGCAAAGAACGCGACAUUCCAGAAUUGCGCGAAAGAUAUAAGAAAUUAAGAGCUGAUUAUUUUACCGCCCGCUAUCGGAAUGUUUCAUGCCAGUAUUAUAAUAUGUUGAAUGACUUGUUUCGAAAUGAGUUGGCUGGAGGAAAUAAUUAUAAGCAAGUCGAAUCGGAAGAGGACAUGCAGGAAACGGAACCGUCAAAGGAAUUUGAAGAGGACACUGAAGAGCAAAAGUAUGCACACACACUGCAGUUGGAGCCCAACGAUGAUGAAACAAAUCGCUCCGGAAAGUUGCAGCAGCGUUGCAAAUGGGCGGAGGGAGAACUGGACGCGUUCCUCAACAUUAUAACCACACAUAAGCUGCAGACUCCAUUGCUGCGCAAGAGAAAUGCCAAAGUCUUUAAGCUCAUCUCCAGGGAAAUGGCCAAGCGCCAGUUUGUGAAGCGUCCAGAUCAGCUGCGCAUCAAAUAUCACCAGCUGAGGCGACAAUAUGCCAAGGCCAAGAACGGCGGAGAGACCUUUGAGCACUUUGAGGACAUGCACGCAUUGCUGAAUGAUUCGAUUCGGCAUGGCGAGAGCAGUGAUAGUGAUUCCAUUGAUAGUGGCGAGGAGGAUGGCGAUGCUCGCAUCGCUUCUGGCAGCGAUUCAGAAGGUGCUUUAGUGUCAUUGUUGCCCACAAACAGACGUUGCAAGUGGACAGAGGGUGAGGUGGACAUAUUCCUUGACACGAUUACCACCUUGGGGCUUGAGUCGGCACUCUUGCGUAAGAGAAAUGCCAAAAUCUACCUGUUGCUUUCAAAGGAAUUGGCUAAGAGAUCCAUUGACAAGCCGGCCGAAAAGCUGCGCAUUAAGUUCCAACAGCUCCGACGUCUUUACAAUAAGGCCAAGAAUGGUGGCGAAUCCUUUGAGCAAUUUGAAGCUAUGCACAAGCUGUUAAGUCACAAGAAUGUGCCAAAUAAAUCCAAUCCCGAUGCGAACCUAAGCAGCGGCUCCGAGAGCGACUACAUGUACUCCGAUGAUGGCGAUGCGGAUCCAUGCAAACGCCACGCAGACUCGUAUUACUGGACGGAUCUGGAAGUGGAUGCAUUCCUAUCCAUUAUCAAGGAGCAAAAUCUGUUUCGCGCCCUCGACGGCUCCAAGAAGCGCAAUUUUAAGAUCCUCACCUAUAUAUCCAACAUACUCGCCAAGCAAUCGUGCAAGAGGACACCGCAUCAGUUGCGGAACAAACUACGACUGAUGAUGCGACGAUAUCAUGAGGUGAAGAAGGAUGGCUUGAAAAAUGUACGAAUGCUUCCCCGUCACUAUGAGAUGCUCGACGAUCUCAUGCAAAAGAAGCGCACAUCGAAAUCCGCAGCUGUCAAAGGGGCCAAAGAGGCCGCGAGUGCGAUUAAAAUGUCUCCAAAAACUGUAGCUCCCGUGGAGAGUGACAGCGAUGCCUCCAGUUCGCAGUCCAGCUGCGAUUUGUUUCGUGCAGCAGCCGAGAGUGAGGAUUCCUUGGAAAUGCCGGCAGAUCCGACGCCACUCGAGGUGCUGACCACCAUCAGUGAGGGCCAAAAGCAGCUGGUGACCAUGUUGACCAACUCGCACGAGAGUUUCAUGAGGCAACAGCGGGAAAUGCAAGCGCAGUUCCUGCGGGAAAUGUCCAGCAUAAUGCGGCAGGAGCGCGAGGCGACAUUCAAAAUGAUGCGGGAAAUGAUGCAGCCCAAGUGACUGAAUGGUUCAAAAAUACCAAAUAAUAUUGCAAAUAUAACCAUUAAAAAUCAGAGAACG